UCAUCUCUUAAGAGGAUGACUGUCGCUAUUGUAUAAUCCAAUGCUAAUUCAAUCUUCUCUCGUCGAGUAGCCGGCAUAUAUUUAAGUUUUUAUUUUUUUCUGAAAAUUGCAAGGCAAGUAUCAUUAAGGACUACAGAUUUUUUCUAAUUUCAGGUGGACAAGGCCUCUUGAGGAAAGAUCCCUUGCUGCGCAUUAAAGAAAGGUUCCAAUUCUAAUACAUUGCUUGCUUUUCUUUGUGCAAAGCCUCUUUUGUACGAUAUUUAUUUCACCCUUGCAGCAGGUUUUUGUGCUCAUUCAUUCUUGAAGCACUAAUUCAAAUGGCUAACACAUUUUAUUUUCCCAUGGUCUUAUAUGAUACUAGACUAAUCCCAAAUUUCCCUGCUUUAGCAAGAAACUCCCAGGAAACUCUUCUAUAUAAAAGGGUAUGUGUUUCUAAUUCUGGGUUACCAUUCUUGCACCAAUGUUUUACUGAAAGGAGAUUUUCUCCCAGACAAAGAGGCUUAUCACUAGUCCCAUUUAAUAAUGACAAAAGCUCGGAGCCAAGGGAGGAAGAUACCCCAGCUCUAGAAACAGUCCUGAAGCUUUACACUGCGAUCAAGAACCAAAAUAUCCAUGAAGUAUCCAAUAUGAUUGGUGAUGAAUGCAGAUGCGUUUGCAAUUUCUUUUCAUCUUUUGAGUCAUUCCAGGGGAAACAGCAAGUGUUGGAUUUCUUCAAUUAUGUGAUGCAGACAUUGGGAAACAACAUUGAGUUUGUGGUGCAACCCACAAAAUAUGAUGGGAUGAAUGUUGGCGUUUCAUGGAGACUAGAAUGGAGCAAGACCCAUAUGCCUCUGGGAAAGGGAUUCAGCUUCUAUAUUUGCCAAAUAUACCAGGGGAAGGUGACAAUAAGGAAUGUAGAGAUGUUCAUGGAACCUCUCCUUCAUAUAGAGCCUUUUAGAUUGAAAAUAAUGGGAAACGUCAUGAGCACAAUGGAGAAGAUAAGCUCCUGUUGUAAGUUUACCCAAGAUCAAGUAAAGAAUUUCACCCUAGCUGUGCUUCUUAUGGCCAUCAUUUUGGUCUUUAUGAAGCCAGGGUUGUAUUAAACCAUUCAACCAAAUUGUGCCUUUAGCAAGCAAACUCUGUGCAGAGCAAGUUUAUACUUUGUUUUGGUCCAAAACUAUAGAGUCUAAAGAUCUUGCAAUACAACAAUAUACGCUCAUUUGAAAUGAUAUUUCAUGAUUUAUUUUUGUA